AUGGAGCAGCUGAUUCCCUUCAUGGAGGCUCUGAUGCGGGGAGCCAAGAAGACGCAGACGUCAGCCCCCCUCCCUCCGCCGGGCCACGCUGCCCCCCGGAACGAGUACCGUGGAGCGAGAAACAAUCAGUACAAGCCAGCUUUUACAUGCUGGAAUUGUGAUGCUCCCGGGCACCGGCUGGAUGACUGCCUCAAGCCCCGAGACCAUCAAAAGGUCAGCCAGGCGGCCGCCGCCAUGAGGGCUCGUCGAGAGGCUCGGGACGCAUUCACUCCUGCCACAGGAGCCAACGUGGAGCCGGUUGCAAUGAUGCAGUCAUUUGUCCCCAAGGCUCUAUCACAGGGCGGUGCUCUCUAA